AUGUAUCGAUUAAAAUUGAUUGAAAAUUUAAAAUAUAAAAAUCAAUUCAAUGAUAAAUUGUUACAUUUUCAAUCGAAUCAACAAUAUUUUAAACAAAAUCGUAUUAAAAAAAAUCGUCAAUUAAAACGUAUUCUACGAGAAUUUUUAAAUGAUUAUAAUAAUUGCCCUAUAUAUUAUAUAUGGUAUGAUUUAGGACCAAAAUUUUGGCCAAGAUGGAUUAAAACUGGUCAAUGUGUUAAUUUAGCUAAUACUUCAUGUUCACUACCUCCUGGAAUGUAUUGUCAAGAAAAAAAUACAAAGAAUAUAGCUAUACUACGUUAUAUAUGCCCUGAAAAAUGGCCUUUAUCCAAAUGUAAUUGGUAUAGAGUACAUUUACCAAUUGUAACUGAGUGCACUUGUCAAUGUACAAGUAAAUCAACAUAUAGGAAGGAUUCUUGA